CUCGUAUUCAUUUCGUUACUGAUUUUUUAAAGUUCGGUCCUUCUUCAUUCCAAGAUCGACGUUACUGAGUAAUCUAAAUUUUGUCUUCGUGAGUACAACGAAAUCGAAAAGAACCUUUCAAAAGCAUGUUGUAUUUUCGCGAAACAUCAAAUUCAAAGCGCUCUUCACGGCUCCGGGUGCAGAGCAGUUGCUUCGGGGCUUCGGCGAGUACGGCGUUGUUGUGUUGGCUUCAAUUUUGUACGGUCUUUCAGCGAUCGCUCUUUGUCGGCGCGCGCAGUCUCUCAAAGGAGACAGGAAGCAUUGUUCGGAAGGAAAGUACAACCAGAAAAAGCAGUAGUACUAGUACAAGUGCCUCGAAGUCGAAAGAGAAAGACGAGCAAAAGACGAAUCAUCAUCAUGGAGGAAAUUCUCAAGGAAGUUUGUCGAUGUCUAUCUCUACAACCAAAAGCAGCCACAUCAAUAGUCGUGCUACAUCAUCUUCAUCAAGUGUCAGUGUAAGCGGGACAAGCGGAACAACAUCAUCAGCAGCAUUACCAGAGCAAGUGCAUCUAGCAUAUGGACAUGAUGUUUUGCGAUCUCGUUAUGUGCAGUGGAGCGUGAUGGAUGAGGACGUGGAGACGCCAGCUUACGUUGUUUUCUCAUCAAGCAAGACCGCAGUCGAAAAUUUUGAUGACAACUUACCGUUACAGCAGAAAAGUCAGAAACAUAGAGAUCUUCACGAUGAAGAAGAAGACGUUCUUCGACAAGUACAUGAGCAGGAAGACAAGUUGGUAGAACUAGAAGAUUCAAGAUCAGAACCAGAAGUUGCACAGGAUGAACAGAAAAAGAAGUAUUUGAAUAGAAGUGGGAAGAACAACAAACUGCGUCGUGUCGUUGAUAGAGAACCAGAACUUCAUCUGCAGCAAAAAGAAACAUCUACAAGUGCAAGUAGUAAGAGUAAUCUGGAUCUGCAAGAAAGCAAUUCCAGAAACAAGAACCCCACAACAUCAAGAUCAACCAACUCCUCUUCAACCUCAUCAACCUCCAAAUCCGAUAUUCGUACGGCUAAAGCUGAGAGCUUUUUAUUUCACGUCCCCAAAGCUGGUGCAUGGGCAGACGUUUGCAAAGAGGAAUGGAAUUUUACCGCAGCUUGUGUCGCCAGAACUCACGCGAUGCAUGUGGCGAACAUGACAGAGAUGGAAGUACUUCUGGGCGAUGAAGAAGGUACAACAGGUCAAGAACAUUAAGAAAAAUGCAAACACAUUUACUAACUAUCAAAUACAAAUUAUGCAUGAGAGAGUUUCUUGAGUCUUUUUAUCGUGCUCGUUGGGGCACGAGCACCCUUCUAAAAAAACAAGAAAUACUACUACAAAGUUGGGCGAGCGGGAGCGUGGUCGAAGGUGUUUGACUUUUCCCUGCGUCGUGCAGACGACCUCGCGGAGCAGUCGAGAGGCAUACAAGAGCGCCCGCUUUCUUUCGUAAUCUAUUUAUGGAUUUAACAUUAACUGAAACAAAAGUCGACGGUGUAGCCGUAUGUCAGAGAAAACCAACCAUCGAAAUGAAAACUUAAAUUUCGUAAUGGGUCAUGCCGCUACCUCCUAUGUUGAGGGUCGGAGUCAGAAGUGAGGCCUCCUGGACCCUCUACUUCAUUUCUACCACUUCAUCUCGUGGGGAUAUGGGCGAUUACAACGCUCCAUCGAGGCCGGAGAUUCAGCGUAGGGUGUCGGAGCUCGAUGCGGUUAUCCAUGUAGGAGACUUCGCGUACGAUCUAGACAGCGACGACGGAAAGAAUGGAGACGCGUUCAUUUAUGGCACAAAGUCUUGAAGCAAGACCCAUCUCCAGGUAAUCAAUCUCCUGAUUCACAAAACAAAGGCUUGAUAGAGCACGGAGUACCUACUUGAAUGCAUAGUUCGAAGUUGUACCUGUAUCUAUGUGUAGCUGCUGCUGGGACGAGAACUCGAAGUUGACGGUUGUUUCGAGCUUGAAUUUGAUCUAACUUCCGCGCGACAUGGAGCCCAUCGUUGCGCACGUGCCUUACAUGACGCUUGCUGGGAAUCAUGAGAUCUCGCACAAUUUCUCCCACUAUGUGAACCGUUUUCAGAACAUGCCUAGUAACGAUGCGAACGCGGCGAUUGUGAGUUUUCCUCAAUUGGGUGGACCUCGGAGACAAAAUUUGUGGCACUCGUUCGUCGUGGGGCCGGUUAAUUAUGAAAGAGUGCGAAUUGUGCUUGGUGAUGCUAUUGUAUAAUUUGAGCCUUGCAUACUUGUUCCAUUGGAGUAAGAGUAACAUCAUCGAGAUUACAUUUAUUUAAUUGAAUUCUAACCCCUACAUCUGAUUAUGUCAAUGCCCAGAUCCCGAAUACAAACGUAAGAACAAAGUAACUAGAUCACCAGGAGGAUAGUGAUGAAGAUCAUGGUCACCACUAGGAUAAUGAUCAAGAUCAUAAUCACCAUUAGGAUCAUGAUCAUCAACAACGAACAACACAACGAACAAACCACUAGCACCAUUAGGAUCAUGAUCACACUACUAGGCUGACUAACUUACUAAACUAAACAACUACCAUGACCACACAAGAAGACAACAACAACAAGGAGCAAAAACCACACUCAUGAUACUCAUACUGAUAUCAGUGACCGGUCAUUUGGGCUAUUGCAUAAAACAAAGACAAUCACGCUACUGCCGUGAUAUAAGAACGAUUGUGUGUCAAGGGUGCCACUGUGUUCGCUACUUCAUAAAUGGUAGCGGAGAGUAACUAGCUUAAUCGCUUUGCAUUCUUAGAAAAUUUUUAAGUAACUUUUGCCAGUUGCUAUAAAAGAUUUUUUUUCAGACGCAAAUAACAUCCGUUAACGGAGCAACUUUAGUUGAUUUGUUUUUCUUUUCUGAAAUAGCAUGGUGAUCCGCCUAGAGCCCGACUACGAUUAGAAACGCAAAAAUUUCCCAUCUCGGAAGCCACGGACAUUCUGUCGCGUGGAUUCCACUCGGGUGAAAUUUUCGCACCCCGACAGCCCGCUUGGAGAUUUUUUUUUCUCGCAAGCACCCGCUCGAGGAGCAAACCAAAACUGUUAGGUAGAUAAGAUUCUCACGCAAAAGUUUUCACUGUCCUGUAGGUCUUUUGUCUCGGAGAUUAAGAGUCAUUGUCAGGCAAGCAAGUCUUACCGACAUCGGCUGCUUCUCACGGACAUCAGCCGACGGAGAGGAAAUCCAUCAGCGGAGAUCCAAUCCACCAACAACCCAGGUUUGAGCUCCAGCCCCGAGCAGAACAACGGUGGGAACAAGGGAGAAGGAACCGCCACAAGGAUAAAGUCUACAGCUCUUCACCAGGUAGAGACAGUUGCGAAGAUUGCCAUUGUCAGGAGUUAAAAUCUCCGACAGCAAGGCCUUUCUUACGCACUACACCAGGGAAGUUCAAAAAGACAGGAACCCCUCCCCCAGCAAGCACACCCCCCCCCGGACGCCAAGAUGUCGAAGAAGAUCGACCCUUGGCUCCCCGGAGUCUCUUGGCGAGACUACAGACGCGACAUUCUUCUCUUCGUUGAGUCAACCGAACUCGCCGAGGACAAGAUAUGCGCUACAGUCAUCACCAAGGGCUUCAAGCCGAACUACGAAAAGUGGUAUCGUGCCGCGCUCCAGAUGCCAGCGCACUGGCGUACACAAAAACAAGACCCGGCCUACGACAGCGCUGACCCAGCAGAGAGGACCGCAAUACGGGACUUCAAACCCGUGCAGCGCCUCAUCCUCUGGAUGGAUCGCCAAACAGAGUAUUCGGAUCCUAUUGAGGCCGCAAUGCGGUUUAUCAGUAUCUUCCGAUAUCAGAGAACGGCCGGACAGGACAUCACGGCUUGGCUACACAACGUUGCCGAGCGCGUGAACGAGGUAAAAAGAGAGGGAACUUUUGCCGCGCAUAUGACGGACGCCGUCUUGGUCCUCUUGCUAUACUGCAACGCAGGACUAACAACGCUACAGCGCCAGGGUAUUCGCCAAAACUUCGAUUUGGCGAAAGCAGGACAGACAGGGCACAACUCCGAAGUGAUGACCCAACUACUAAAGCGCGUAGCAGCCGAUGACGCGUCGGCAAAAGAACACGGCCACGCCGUUGACGAGCAGGGAGAUGCUGUCAUGGCUUACAACAACAAGUUUCAAGGCCGCAAGCCUUGGACGCCCAAGCGCGGAGUACCACAAAGGCAGCGAGACGGAGGUGGCAGAGCCUACGUCGCCGGAGAAGGCCCAGAGCAGGAGCUCACAGAGCACGACGACGAGGACGAAGACCACGACGGGGAAGAACAGUCACCGGGGGCGCACACCGAAGAAGAGGGUGACGAAGAAGAAGACGACGACGAGGUAGCAGCCUACCUGGCAAGCAACCAGUGCCGCCGCUGCGGGAAGGCGGGACACUGGGAAAAGGAUUGCCGACAGCCCAAGAAGUGGGGCGGCAAUAAAAACAGCAGACCAGGUGGCAACAACAACGGCAGCCAGGGCUACCGUCGUCAAGGAGGUUACAACAGUAACAAAACAGGCAACAGCGGCAACUACGGUGGCCGCAAGCCCAACGGGGGAGGAAGACAAAACAAAACCUACACAGCAAACUUAUCGCACCAGAUCAGUUUGCUAGCAAAGGUAGAACCAGUCGAAGCAGCAAUCGACACCGGGUGCGGCGUAAGCUGCGUGCCCGAACCAAGGUUCAACGACUUUCACAACAUGUACCCUGAGCGUGUUUUGAAAGUUGAAGAGGAAGCUGCAGGGGGCAGCAUUUCGUUUGGAAACGGCGACGGAUGUCCAGUAACGAAGCGAGCGACGGUGAAUAUUGAAGGUUUCGGUCCGCGAAUCUUCCGUAUUUUCAGCCCGCUCAAAGGACUAACGCCGAACCAAAGAGCAGACAUGCAGCAACGCAUGUCAAGAGUGCCAUUCUUAUUAGGCAAUGAUAGUCUUGGAAGUGAGGCUAUUAUUGACUACGGGAAGAACACUCUGAAAGUCGGAAAGAAGAGUUUGAGUUUUCGCCGCCGCGGAGGACUUAUCAUGUUCAACAUGGUAGGCAACACACAAGCAAACUUCGCAUAUGAUAUCUCCGGAAAUCUAUGCUCGUUUGCAAAGUACACAGCCGCUACGAACGCAAGCCAGGGAGCGGCUUGGGCAGCCAGAUUUAAGAUUGCCAAGAUCUUAAUGUGGAUCAUGUUCGUGCUGCUUAUGCUAGCAGGUGACGUGGAAGCCCAACCAGGACCAGUGACUGCACAUCACUGGGCAGACGAGCACGUGUGUUGGCGCGGCGAGUGGCAACACUCGGACCUAGAAGAGCUGUGCAAAGAUGCAGCGAGUGUAACGAAGCUACACAAACAGUUGUGGCAUUACAAGUCCGACCAAGCGUGUUCUCACUUCAAGCCCCUACUUGAAGAUGAUGACACACUUGCGCGAAAGUUCCGACAGGCUUGGGACUUAGCAGUUGACAGAUGUACCAACUGCAACAACCAAAAACGUUCCUUGCCGCAUCCGAAAACGGGAAUCAUCGCAAGGAAUGUCAACCAGGUGGUGGGAGCAGACGUCUUUUACUUCACAGUAAAAGGCUUACAGCGAGCAAUCCUAAUUCUGAUAGACUAUCUCUCACGGUUCACGAUGUUUUACGCCCACGAAAACGGCGGAGACAUCAACGCGGAAGACACGCUUCACGCGCUCCAUGAGUGGAUGUUUGUCUUCGGAAGAUUGCCCAUGUAUCUCCUCACCGGACACGACAAGCCGUUGGUAAACGAGACAGUUCGCGAGUUCUUAGCCACAGGACCUCACCCGUGUACCCCAUUGACAAGUGCUGACUACGAGCACGCGACAACGGGACUCACCGAGAAACAUAUCCAUGUGAGCAAGAUCAUCGGUGAACUUGUGCAGAAAGAGAUCCCGCUAGAACAGAUGUCCAGCUUACGCGUUCGCGAUGUUCUAUUGGCGAUCGGGUUAGCGAAGAACAGUCUGGUAGGCACACACGGCUUCUCGGCACAGCAGGCGGCCCUAGCGACCACUCACUUCGUGGGUGAUCCCUUACAAGCCGCAAGUUCGACGUUAGGUGCGUACGGAGACCCAUCUGAGCUGCCACGUAAGUUAGCAGUUCAGAGAAUCUCGCUACAGCAUUUGGCAGCACAGGCAGCAGCGAAGGUUCACGCGAGUGAACAACUACAGCAGCUGCUAAAUAUGCGUCUACGGUGUUCAGAUACAGCAGUCUACUCACCAGGUGACCUUGUCGAGGUACAGCCAGCGAAACCGCAAAAAUUUGACUUCGGUCAGACUAGGUGGUUCCGCGCAAAGAUCAUCGACACAGGAGAUCCAGGGCAAACAGGUGAAUCUUCGCGCAUGGUGACAGUUAAGUAUCACGGGUCAGACAAAAUUGACACUGUGCAUCGAAAACGAAUUCGCCCAGCGCCAUUAGACGUGCAGCAGAUCUUUCUCCCUAGAGGACACGAAACACCGAGUAACGCAAACGAAGAAGAAGCCGGAGAGCCCGAGGAAGCCGACCAACGAGUACCGCUGACAUUGUCCAGCAUGGACAUGAACAGAACGGAGGUUGGUAAAACGGUCAACAGGUUCGCAAGACAGUUUCGACUACUUUGCGAUACCCCAGGCAGACCUGUAGAGGUCGACGCAGGCUUUCUCUCAGCAGAUCUCGAAGCGAAAGUAGCGCGCGUGAUCAUCGCGAAAGACGUUCACGACGCACUGCCUUCUAUCGACGACUGCCGGCCUGAUGGUGAUGAGAUUUUUCAGGUGACAGCCUUCGGGUAUACACGUUGCCGAAAUGCAGUCUCAAUCCCCUUCAGCAGUGAAGAGUUAGAAGCAGGCAAAAAGUUUGAAUUAGUUGUAAUCAUCUACUUCAAACAGGGGAACCUACCGGCAGAAAACCCGCUACAGCCGCCUCAGGUUGAAGCGAGAGCACCACGCGAAGCCGACGACGAGAGCUCGGAGCCUCUAGAAGACGAAGACGCAGUCUUAAAGGACUUGAACAAGAGAAACUUUAAGGCCGUACCACCCGCAAAGCAGCGCCGUGAUCAAGUAGGAUCUUUAACGGUGCGGGAACUGCGGUGGCUACUCAAGAAGUACCGCCUACCCACGAAAAGCACAUCUGCAGGGAUGCGCGAAAGCCUAAGGGUGUACUACGACGAACACCCAGAGAACGAAGGUGAACCAGAAGCAGACCAGAGUGACCCCGCCGAAAACGAAAACGACGAUGCCCAGCCCAUGGACAUCGACGAGGGAGCCGCACUAGCAGCAAUCUCCGACGUUGUUGAAGUGUUAGGACACAGCCCAGAGGCAGACCUCGACGAAGUAGGAGCCGAAUUCGAAAAGGCGUACCUGGUCAGAAGGGAGCUCACGGUAGCAGCCGCGAAGAAGCAUCCUCACUACGACACAGCAACACAGAGUGAAUUAACGUCCAUCAUGAAGAAUGGAGUUUUCACCAUCGUAGAUCGGAAGGAAAUCAAAUCGAAGGAUAUUGUUGUCCAAUCGCGAUGGGUAUUCACCGAGAAGAUAACUGCUGGUCAGAUGUCGCUCAAAGCGCGACUAGUUUGCAAAGGGUUCACCGAAGAAGGCCUAAGUAAGUUACAGUGUGAGGCACCAACAGCGAAGAAAUGGUCUACUAAGGUCGUUUUCAGCUUAUCGCAGGUUUGGGGAACUCCACUAUGUUCGUUGGAUGUCAAGACUGCAUACUUGCAAUCUGACACACCUGAAGGGAAACAGGACCAACACGACAUAUUUGUAGAGCCUCCGAAGACCGCGAACCCCCUUCGCCCACACGAAAUCUUCAAAAUGGCCAAGCGCAAACACCUGUACGGCAUGAAGAGAGCCGGAAGAAAGUGGUGGGAGACAUUGGAUGCACAUCUUCGAGAACAGGGAUGGACUCGAGACGAGAUUGAUCCAUGUUUCUAUACCAAGCGCGAUGGUGAUGCAUUGCUGGCAUUACAUGUCGACGACAUGGUCUUUACCGGUACGGACGAACUCUGCGACGAGUUACGGACCAUGUCAGGCAAGUUCGAAGUCGGGACAUUCGACGGAAUUCCAGGCCCCAGGGGAAACUUAAAAGGAAAAGCUAAAGAGAGCAGCUCUAAGUUUCUAGGCUCGGUAGUAUCAAGAGUCAAGGGCAGACUGUUUGUUUCACAAGCAGCAUACCACGAAAAGUUUUCCGAGAUUGCCCUUCCCGGACUUUACGAGGAGAAGGACAUAUUGCCGCGAGCUUUGCAAUCCGCAGCACGGUCUUCACUAGGACAGCUGUUGUGGCUCGCAAUUUUCACCCGACCUGAUAUAAUCUUUGAUUGUAUCGAGGCCGCAACGGUGAUUACGACCUACUCCGGCAUUGUGAUGCUAAACAAAGUAGUAAAGUAUCUACGCUACACCGGCCCAAUUCCGAUCGUAUAUUUGCCUUUCCACUCGAGUGAAAUUCUCAAUAUAAUUUUGAUCUUCGACGCGAGCUUGGGGAGCAAGUCUGGCGAUGUACGACCGCGAAUGGCAUCGCUGAUUGGAUUCUCGCCCGCUAUGCGAGGAGAUGACCCAUUUGCGAUCGAAAGUGCUGAAUGGUUUCCAUACCACAUAAUUCACUACUUCAGUCGCAUCCAGCGUCGUGCCACGACAAACAGUCUCUCAGGAGAAUCUUUCGCAGCGCAUGAAGGAUUGGACCUUAUGGGCGCAAUCCGCAUGCAGGUAGCACGGCUUGCAUCUACGAAGAUUUGUUGCCAUGUGAUCUCAGACUGUGAAACGCUUCUGCGGUCAACUUCGUCUGUUAAUCCACAGAUCACAGAGCUAAUGUUCCUUCCGAUGAUCAAGAAGCUUCAAGAGCAGAUCAGUACUCUGGAGGCACGCAAAUACCAUAUUCCAGGCGUAUUGAAUCCGACAGACGCGAUGACGAAACCGCGAAAGAGGGCAGCUAGAUCGCUACAGCAGCUGCUAGACAUCAUGAAGUCAGGAAAGUUGCGACCGCAAGCUUUACAGCUUCGGCGCAUCGAAGAUCGCGCUUAGGCGUGAUCACAAAGGAGCAUAAAGCAUUGCUCUAGAAGGGAGAGGACGACACAGAGACAAUUUCAUGUCAUCUGGAUCAUCCUCAUUGUUUUGAUUUUUUUGGACAUUUUUGACCUUUGAAACAAAUGACACGAACAGAGACAACCCGCCUUAUGUCAUCUGUUUUGUCUUUUGAUUUUGCAAGAGGCAAACUGUUUUUGACCCCCCCCCCGGGAAAACGCGGCAUCACCAUGCAAAGUGAAAAACUUAGCCAUAGUUAUAUAUAUUUUUUAGUUUCGCAUACUAUAAAUAUAUAAUUCCUUUUCUAGUAGCUAUCAAGAUGGCGACCCGUGGUAGAGUCUACACUGUGCCUGAGCGAGCACUUCAGCGAGCUUUCGAACGCGGUUUGCAAAUGACUGGCGUACGAAAUGAAGUGGAGUACCAGCGAUACGUCCGAGCCUUAGCGUUGGGGCGAAUCUUACACCGGACCAGUGAAGUACGCACCCGCUGGGAGGAAGUGUUGGAAACCAGUGCUGCGCACUACAAAGCACUCAUUCCCAACAUUCAGCUACCUGAAGACAAAGAGAAUUUAUGGUGUCUUGCAUUCAUGGGACCAGGAGGCCGCCAAACCCAAGCACAGCUACGCCAGGUGGGCACGACACCAAAACGCCGGCACCGCCGCAGCAAAAAGGUGACACUUGUACCGAACAAGAAGAAAGCGAUACAAGUACAACCUGGAGACGACAACGAAGACAGCAGCUCCAGUGAGUCGUCUACAAGUUCCUCCUCUGAUUCUUCUGAGGAUGAACCACCAAAGAAAAAGCAGCAGAGGACAAGCGCGAAAAAGGAGACGAAGACCCGAACUGACAACGACCUACUGUCAAGUUCGGAAGAGUAGGAGCUUUUUGAAGAAAGUAAAGAAGGGGAAAGUAGAAGAAAGUAAAAGUGAAAGAACGUAGAACUAAAAGAAAGUAAAGAAGGUUUAAGUAAAGAAAGUUAAAACAAAAGAACGUAGAGCAAAACUUGUUUAAAAGAAAAGAGCUAGCACCAGUUUGCAUUCGGAUUAAAAGGCAUAUCUCAUCUACCAUACGUAAGCCGCAUGUAGAUUCGAUUUUUUUUUCCUUUUUUUUUCUUGGGUUGCUGGGAUGUCAAUGCCCAGAUCCCGAAUACAAACGUAAGAACAAAGUAACUAGAUCACCAGGAGGAUAGUGAUGAAGAUCAUGGUCACCACUAGGAUAAUGAUCAAGAUCAUAAUCACCAUUAGGAUCAUGAUCAUCAACAACGAACAACACAACGAUCAAACCACUAGCACCAUUAGGAUCAUGAUCACACUACUAGGCUGACUAACUUACUAAACUAAACAACUACCAUGACCACACAAGAAGACAACAACAACAAGGAGCAAAAACCACACUCAUGAUACUCAUACUGAUAUCAGUGACCGGUCAUUUGGGCUAUUGCAUAAAACAAAGACAAUCACGCUAAUGCCGUGAUAUAAGAACGAUUGUGUGUCAAGGGUGCCACUGUGUUCGCUACUUCAUAAAGAUUAUAAUGAUCAUGGUAUCCUCUAACCCCUGUUCCUUCUCGUCUCCAGCAUGAUCAGAUCAGAUGAUGUAGCCUCUACGUAGAGCAGAUUAGAUGGAUGACGUAUCGCUACGUAGAGGAUAUCCCGCUCUCUAUCAUGGAUGAUGUAACCAGCAUUUUCUAAUCCCUGUUCCUUCUCUUCUCCACCGAGUUCCACUUACCGAAGUUCGCUGAGCGUUUUCGAGACUUGCGGCAUCAGCAGUGGUCCUUUCUGGAGCGUGAAAUAGCUUCAACGAAUCGCACAAAGACACCAUGGCUGAUUGCGUGCUCUCAUCAUCCGGUUUACUGUUCGACCAACAACAGCGAUUGCCAUGAAGAGACGCAGCCGUUGAGGGUUUUAUGGUGGUCGUGGAUGGUAAAUUAUUUUCGUCUUUCUUUACAUGACUACCCUGCCCCCCUGUUUUUUCUGACAGUACUCCGAUUGAGUCCGGCGCUGCGCUCAGGUUUAAUACUAACACCGCAGGUGUAAUAUAAUUGAUUUCUCUCAUCUCAAGCACUGUUCUUUCCGCUUCAAAGCUUAUUAUAUUAGGUUGUCAAUACCGAUCAUGAGGAGUUUAAGGGGAAUGUCAAAAAAACGAAUAUGAGAAAACUGCUGUCACAUUUUUGUUGAGUCGCUACUUGGUACUAUGUGCUCUGAUAAGAGUAUCUAACACUCGGGGUGGAACCCGAUGGAGAACCGCAGAAGAGUGUGGCAGAGUUGCUCGAUCGUGGAGGCGUAGACUUGUAUUUCAAUGGUCACGUUCACAACUAUGAGCGGAUGUUCGAUGUCGCGCCCAAGGAGCAUCCGACGGAUGCGUGGAGAGGUUAUGGCUUGUCGUGGUAAGUAAUUCUUGGCGAAGAUCAUGCAACAGUGUGCACUUGGAUCUAGCUCUAAAAUCCCGGAGAAAGUACACAACGCACUGUGGAUCCUCCAGCUACUACGUUUAUCGUGGCGGGAGCGGCCGGGGGGAUUGAAAUGGGCCAGCCAUUUGAUGAGGACAUGCGUCACCCGAGGACUGCGUUUCGCAAGGACGCGUUUAGCUGGGGAAUGCUCAAGAUCUACAAUCGGAGUCAUGUUUAUGCUUGUUUGGGUUUAUAAUUCUGAGUGAGUCUAAGUAUCGUCGUAAAUGCCACCGACAUGGACCUGUUCCUUCCCCAAGUACCUUUAACUCUGAGUAAGUAUCGUCGUAAAUGCCACCGACAUGGACCUGCUCCUUCCCCAAGUACCUUUAACUCUGAGUAAGUAUCGUCGUAAAUGCCACCGACAUGGACCUGCUCCUUCCCCAAGUACCUUCCCACCCCCCGUGGACCUACCUCUUUCCCUCCUCUUUUCUUCAUUCCCCAAAGUGGCAGCAGUUCGCGAACCUUGCUCCCUCGACAGACAACAUUACCUUGUCUUCGACCGGGGGAGGCGGUCAGGAUGAGGAGACCAUGGGAGUCAAGCCUCUCGAUGAGUUUUGGCUGGUUCAGAAUCAUCACGUUGCCCCUUUCGCGCAGCAUCCGAACAGAGGCAAAGGGCUGGUUUUGGAACAGGUUGCAGGAAAGAAGACUUUGACAACUACACUUGUUGUAGAGGCAGAAAGGCGAGGGACUAGUACAACAGCGCUCGUGGAGCGAGAAGACAGACGCCGAAAAAGCGAAGGUAGAGGAAUAGCUUCUUCCACGGCAGGUGAUCAGAAUCAUGGAACCAGAAGCACCAGAAAGGCUCUAGUUCUUCUCUCAGAAAGCGCAACCCUCACAGCUUUGGGAGGCUGGCAAGCGACCAAAAGAUUGGCUGCAGGCGAGCAGCUGUCGGGGUUUCUCGAUGAUGAAUAGACAUUAUAACGAAAAACUAGAGGUCUACUUCCUACUACUUUUUAUACGCUGGCAUCCUUCAGAACGAGGUCAAAACGAGAAUAUCUGCAAUUUUGGAUGGCCACUCACUGUCACUUACGAUUAUAUUCUUCCCUACUACGUCGACAUUCGACAACAUCGAUCUGACCACUUUGUUCUUGCAUCUUCUACCUCGCAGGGAU